UUUGACCUACGGUCAAGGCGAUGGAGCUGAGACCGAGAACAGUUUUAACAAUUAUCAAAUUGGGAAUAAUGAUGGUUACGGGCAACAGAUGUACGGAACACAAGAGGGAAUGGGAGGUUAUGGACAACAAGAUGCUACUCAGAUUUUAGAUCAUCAAAAUACUACUGAACCGAUCAAUCAAACUUAUGCUUCUCCUACGGAACAGGAGUCUUAUUGGACUCACCAGCAGACUUAUCAGCUUGAUCAACCAACUCAGAGCAUGCCCCAAAUAUCGAUGCCAAACUCGUCCCCUGGUGCAGGAGCACCAAAGAAAAAUUUCAUGGACCAUGACCCCUUCACCGGAGAAGACUUUUCCUCAAAAAGUUCCAAAGUCGAAGAUUCCACUGACGGAAGUAAAAAAGACAGAAAGAUUUCCGACGGGAGCAAUUCUGGCGGCAAACAGACCGCCAGUGGCGGCGGAGGCUCUGGCUGGUUCGGGGGCAUCUGGAACAGACUGUCGAUGAAGCCGAAGAAUCAGAUGAUUUUGCCUGAUGAUAAAAACCCAGCGAUCGUUUGGGAUCCAGUGAAGAAAAAGUGGAUAAAUUCAGAAGGCGGUGAAGACGAAUCGAACGGGGACCUCAAACCGCCUCCGAAAUUGGCAGAUUUGAUGCCUUCUCCUCAACCUCAACCUCAACCUCAACCUCAACCUCAGUUGAAUGAACCUCAAAACUCGAUUCCUCAAAUUAAUUAUCCGCCUCAAUCACCUUUGAUGAUGAAUACUGGAAAUGGUAGCAACGGUGUUAAGGAAGAAGUGGUUAAGGCUGAGAACAAGACUCCUUCUUUGCAGUCGAACAUGUACAAGAUGCAGAGGAACAGGACUCUAAAAAAAUCCUACGUAGACGUAUUCAAUCCUGGAGGCGGUGCAGGUUCCACGAGCUCACCAAAUCCUGGACCAUCGCCUCCAAUGAUGCCUGCAGCAGGACCUGUACCUGCCGGAGGCUACUUUGUACCUUCUCCUAUACUGGCCUCGCCUCAGGAUAACAAUUCACAACAGGGAGGUGUUCCAACAUUUUACGAUCCAACAAAACAGUUUCACUGACAGACCAACAGGUAUUUUUCGGUUUUAAAUUUCAAUUUAUUUUGAACGGAUAGAAAGGGAAACAAAUACAAAACAUAUGCAUACGAUGGAGUGUUGUCGUGUGAGGAUAAUUUGUGAUUUGUACUGAAUAAGUAUUAGAUUGAUUACGUUGUAAUAUAAUACAC